AUGCAUGGUUGGAUGGUUAUGUGGGCUGGGAAGUUCGCAGAAGCGGCAACCCGUCUUGCACAUUGGAUCGAGGGUUGCUUCUGCCGCGAGCAUAUCUUGGUUUCCCAGAUGCCAGCCUCCAAACGGCGAAAGACAAUGAUGGAAGAAUCUGGAUCUGGCACUUGUUGCUGGAAGGGGAAGAGGCUUCCAGAGCUGGCCUGCGGGAAGAUGACGGACCUCAUCCAGUACUUUACAAGCCAGGCCCGCACAGAGUACAUCUCGGAGAUGCUCGCUGCACCGGCUGAUGUCCGAGCACGUCUUACAGCGAUAGAUGCACUCGCGACAGAGCAACUUCGCGUAGUGCUCGAGCAGAAGUUUGCAUAUGCACAGACCAUCCCUUGGGUGGUCUGUGCAGCGUUUGGGGCGUACACUGGCAUCCCCUGGGAUCGUUCCAAGGUGACAACAGGUGGCGCUUUUGCGGAUGCAGUGUCCUUUCGAGCCUUUUCCGGUCAGAUGUUGGAAAGCCGGCAGCUGAAAGCUGUUGCAGACUCGGAGUUGCCCCUGCACCAUUACGCCGAGGCGUGGACCAUGGUGCAAGAGUAUUCUUUCUGCAGCCUCGCGGAGCGAGGCGCAGAGAGACAGCACUCCGAGAUUCGCAAUGCUGCGAGGAGAGGCCAGCGAUAUGCCGGCCCUGCGGUUGUUGCGAGCCGGAAGCGAGAGAAGCAGGUCGUAGCCAUGAUUGGUGAUCCCCAGCAGCUGCAGUUUCUUGUAGCACACUGGCGUGAUAGGCAGAUCUGGGAACACCUGCUUGAGCAUUGCUUGCCGAAGCAAACAGUCAGGCGAAUGACAGUUGUGCAGAGAUUGGCGAAGGUGUAUGCAUACCACCCAGACGAGCACUUCAUGGACGUGAGCGAGGAGGCAACUGCCCAGGCCGUGUACCAAGGCGUUGCUGGAUGCUUCGGCUGCUGCCCGCACGGAAGACUCCGUGCCGUUGAAGCUGGACCCAGUCAGAUUGUGCACUUCCUGAAGAGCCAUCUCCAGAACGGCAGCCUGGUGUCGCUGGGUGAGGAGGCCUUCCAGCUUGCCCUCCGCUACACACCCAAGCAGCCGGAAGAGGAGGCAGAUGUGCCUGCUGUCUCAGGACUUGUGGCUGAGCUUGCGAACAGAAAUGGUAGUGCCAGCAGUUUCCUUGGAUCCGUACUUUUUCACGGUGCUGGAUGCUCGACCCGAGCAGCGGAAGGAUGUUCGGGCGGUGCAGGCCGGCAACCAGACCUCGUGCCCAUCCCAGAUUUCAUCCAGGAUCAUGCCAAGGAGGAUCUAUUGCAUGAACUUCUUCGUCACGGGGCUUUGGGAGGGCGUCAUGUUUCGGUGGAUGAUUUGUCGGAUUUCAAUGCUGCUGCUGUUCAGAGACUGCAACAACAUGGCAUUCUUUCGGGUGAAGAGGGGGCCUUCGGCGACUUGACCUUGAGCAUCGCCAGCAGCCUGCAGCUGCUGCCCGAAUGCACAUGGUCCGAACUAUUGUCGAUCUGGGAAUUGAGCCACUUCUUCUUAACCCGGGGAAAGGUUGCCCUGACAUCCAAAACAGAAUAUUUCAGGUUGCUUUUUAAACAGGGGUGGAAGCCCCGCUGCGACGACGAGAGUGAGUUCUUUGAGUGGCACUGCCGUGAUGCCACUGCGGAGUUGCCUGCUCAGGGUCUUGGCAUGUCGUUGCCAUAUCUUCGCUGCUUGCUGACUUCUGUGUUGUUGUGGCAGAAGCCGGGCAACCUCCAGCGAAUCUUGGUGAACGGGCCUUCGAAGUACUAUGAGUACCUCAUGAGCUCGGUCGACCUGUCUGCAGUGGCAAAGUUGACGGCUGAAGCGUGCAUUCGCUUGCGAUGGCGUUGUCUCGGGCGACAGCGAAACUGCUCGCGUGCACACACACGCGUGCAUGGAGCGAACUGUUUUCACACUCAUGAUUUUACAUGUCUUCUUGAUUUUCACGCUUGA